AUGGGAGGGCUGAAUCAUCCAGAUCUAGCGACGAAAGCAGGCGAGGUGCCCUUGCCUCAAUCCGACGACAGCGACGUCGACGACCCAAUGGACGUGGAUGGAAGGGAACAAACAGACGAAAACAACCCAGCUUACGACAAGAACAUUGAUCUUGUCCACCUCGCAGAGAACGCUCUACCCUUGGUCGAACGAAACAAUGGACAUGAUACUUCAAAGAACGAGCAUUCACGUCCAGCCCGCCCCAAAAUUCUAACACAAACAAGUCUGCCGGAGCCAAAGGAUGUGGUCCACGUAAAGACAGAGUACCGCCAGUCUUCGCCAUCACCUGGGGCUAAUCCCCCCAAACGGACUAAAUAUGGAUCCAACGCGAGUCAUUCGCCGUCGAGAAGCGCUCACAGGAAAGGGGAUCCUGAUUCUGCUGCAAUCUCGCCAAUGCUACGGAGGUUUACCAUCCCAAACUCGGAACGGUCUCCUACGGAGACUCUGCCUGCAAUGCAGCAAUCUCCGCCAUCAAGCUCCUCCAAAUCACCCAAUGGUCAGCAUAGCUUGCCGUCUUUGAGGGCCAUUCAACUCGAGCCAUUGCUGGAUGGACGGUCCCCUAAGGAGAAUAUGCCUCAUGGUAUAAAUCGUCCACCGUUCCCUCUCAGCAACACCCCCGUGACUUCGCCUCCAAUGAGCUCUAUUGCGCCAAGACCAGCUCAGUACCCCAGUCCACAGACUCUAAUGAACGGUCAUUUCCAUCAGCCUUAUCCACACGGCCAACCAUCUCCAGCAUACAGCGAUGCGUCGCCGAGGGACUCCGCUAAUAUGUCCCCACCCGGGAAGCCUAUUCAUUCCCAGUAUUUUCCUGGCGGAAGAACCCCACAAAGCGAAGAGCUGACGCCUCAGUCGGCAGAGAGUCACCUGAGCACAAGCAGCUUCAGCACCGUCUCUUCACCCCAUCCUCACCCCUUGGAUAUGGAUCGAAGCCGGCCCGUUCUCCCACCAUUGUCAGGUAUGGCCGGGGGAUCGCUGAUCAUUGGGAAUUUCAAGUGCGAGCAUGCCGGGUGUACGGCUCCAGCUUUCCAGACACAGUAUCUCCUGAAUUCUCAUGCAAACGUACAUUCUCAGAAUCGACCCCACUACUGCCCAGUUGAGGGUUGUGCCAGGUCUGAAGGCGGCAAAGGGUUCAAGCGGAAGAACGAGAUGAUACGGCAUGGAUUGGUGCAUGAAUCACCAGGAUACAUAUGUCCGUUCUGUCCAGAAAGAGAGCACAAAUACCCAAGACCAGACAAUUUGCAGAGACACGUUCGCGUGAACCACAUCGACAAAGACACAAAUGACCCUCAGCUACGCGAAGUGCUUGCGCAGAGGUGUGAGGGCGGCAGCCGGGGCAGACGAAGGCGCCUUGGGAGCUGA